AAGUUGAUAAUUCUCCGACAAAAACGCUACAUUUGUUAAAUUUCUGCCGAAUCGUUCGUGUCUCUUAGUUUUUGUGGAAUAGGAGAAUUGUUUAAAAUUAUUAUUACGGUUCAAGAAAUUUCAUUAAAUUUGAAAUAAUUGUGGCUACAAAUUUAUACAUUUUACAAAAAACUUCAAUUGCAUAAAACGUCGCGAACGUGAGGCAAGGGCAACGUAAAUUGAACGCGCAUCUAAGGAAAAGCUAAUGCUUGGGGGAUAAUUUUCUCGAUUUUCCACAUUUGUGUCGAAUACAUACAUACACAUAUUUUUCAAGAAAAGUGUUGUGGGUGCGGUAAAGUUUACGCAAAUUCCAUAUAUUAAGAAAAUAUAUUUAAAAUUAAAUUUACAAAUCGUGCUUAUUGCUCCAAAGAAAAACUGACUCCUACGUUUGUUUGUUUAUAUGUUGCAAUAAAAAACUUUUACAAACAAACCAUUUCUGAAGGGGUGUGUGUGUGUAUAUUUAGCAUUUGUAAAUACGCCAGUAAAGUGAAGUGAAAAUUAAAAAGUUUAUUUGUUCAGAUUGGACUCCUGAAUAACAAUUCUCCAUCGUAGCCUGAGUCAACAGCUGAAUUUAUUUUUUAAACGUGUUAAUUCAUUCCAAAUAUACAUAUGUUUAUGUAUAUAUAUCUAUAUAUUGCUAUUUGAAGUUUCUUUAAAUUGCUUGUGCGGAUUACUUUUCAAGUUUAUACACAAAACUAUCGGCAAACUUAGGCCUACACACACCCACGCACACGUACAGUGUAUGCUAUAUUAAAUCUAAAGUACUCAAUAGAUAAAAAAAAAUCGCAUAUAUUUUACAAGCAAAAGUCAAAUACACAUUCCGAUUUCGACGACUUAAUAACAAAAAAAAAAACGUGUUUUAAAAAAGAAGAUAAUUUUGGAAAAUGUUUAGUCCUGAUUAUGAGAAACGCAUAUUAAAACAUUGCAGUCCAGUCGCUCGAAAUCUUUUCAACUCAUUUGAAGCAGCCUCAACAUCAACAUCGCUCGAUCGAUUUAUACCUUGCAGGGCCAACAACAAUUGGCAAACAAAUUUCGCAUCCAUAAAUAAAUCGAAUGAGAAUUCACCGCAAACGAGUAAAAAGCAACGUGACUGUGGUGAAUCCGCACGUGAUAGCUUAGCAUAUUCCUGCCUAUUAAAGAAUGAGCUCUUAGGCACCGCCAUCGAAGAUGUUAAGUCGGUUAGUGACGAGCGUAAUGAGAACACCUACACGCCAGCAGCGAAAAGAAGUCUAUUUAAGUACCAAUCACCAACCAAACAGGAUUUCAAUGAGCAAUGCCCAUACUCGCUCUCACCGGUCAGUACGAAGAGUCAAAAGCUGUUGCGUUCACCGCGAAAAGCAACAAGAAAAAUAUCCCGCAUACCCUUUAAGGUAUUAGAUGCGCCCGAACUGCAAGAUGAUUUUUAUCUGAAUUUAGUCGAUUGGUCAUCACAGAAUGUGCUCGCUGUCGGUUUGGGCAGUUGUGUUUAUCUUUGGAGCGCAUGUACUAGUCAAGUAACACGCCUUUGCGACCUUAACACCGAUUCGAAUACCGUCACAUCGGUGUCAUGGAAUGAACGUGGCAAUUUGGUGGCAGUUGGUACACAUCAUGGCUUUGUCACUGUUUGGGAUGUCGCUGCUAGCAAACAGAUCAACAAACUGACGGGUCAUUCCGCACGUGUGGGCGCUUUGGCGUGGAAUGGUGAAAUUUUAUCCAGUGGCUCACGUGAUCGUUUGAUAAUACAACGGGAUACACGCACACCAGCGCAACAAUCUGAACGCCGUUUGGCCGGUCAUAGACAGGAAGUUUGCGGUCUCAAGUGGUCACCCGACAAUCAAUAUCUAGCGAGUGGUGGCAAUGAUAAUCGCCUGUAUGUAUGGAAUCAACAUUCACUUAAUCCGGUGCAAUCGUAUACCGAACAUACAGCAGCUGUGAAAGCUAUUGCCUGGUCACCACAUCAUCAUGGCUUAUUGGCUAGCGGUGGUGGUACUGCCGAUCGUUGUAUACGAUUUUGGAAUACAUUAACUGGCCAACCGAUGCAAUGUGUCGACACCGGUUCGCAAGUAUGCAAUUUAGCAUGGUCCAAACACUCAUCCGAAUUAGUAUCGACACAUGGCUAUUCACAAAAUCAAAUCUUAGUUUGGAAAUAUCCCUCACUAACACAAGUUGCCAAAUUGACGGGUCACUCUUAUCGUGUACUAUAUUUGGCAUUAAGUCCGGAUGGUGAAGCGAUCGUGACGGGUGCUGGUGAUGAGACGCUACGCUUUUGGAAUGUUUUCAGUAAAGCACGCAGUCAAAAGGAGAACAAAUCAGUACUGAACUUGUAUACCAGUAUAAGAUAAAUAUCUGCUGGAGCGGGCUUUUAAAUCUUGCUUAGUAAUGGAGCAUAUUUAUACAAUAGUUAGAAAAUUAUUGAAAUCCUAUUAAUGCUAAAGAACUCUACACAUAAUUAUAUAGGUUGCACAAUGGAAAGAAAACAAAUUACGAAUACAAAAUGAAUUGUAAACGUAAAAAAAUUAAAUUUAUUCCUCAAGCGAAGCAAGUCAAUGCAGUCGAAAUUCAUUUGUACGUGCUUAUGGUAAAUUAUAGUGUAUAAAAAUUAAAGUUCAUUUCAUAAAUAGUAUGAGUUCGAUAAUUAAUUUGCGGUAUUGUCUAAAAAGCUACAACUUUUUAUGAAAUUUACUUUUCAGUUCAUUAUGGCGUAUAUGCCAGAUAUUAUUUAAAUUGCAUUUUACUUUUUCAAAAAAAAAAAAAAAAAAAAAAAAAUAUAUACGUGUUUCAAUUUGCAAUUGUUAUUUAAAAUAAUUUUGUAAAAAAGGUACUUAAAAGAUAUCAGGACUUGCUUCGUUUUGGAAUAAAUAUUUAGAAUUAACAUUGCUUUUCCAAAUAUCUACAAAAUUUAAAAAUUGAAAUAGUAAUGUAAACAUGCUAAGCAAAAUGGCUGCAUGUAUUUAUAUACAUUUACAUUUGUAUAUGGAUAUUUUCAUUAUUAUUAAAUAGCGAAUACAUCAGCUAUCAGCUUAAAAGCAAAAUAAAAUUAUGUCAAAUGACCAAAUUUAAAUUGAUAAAUGUAAAGCACAUAUAUAUAUGUGUAUGUAAUUAACUCAGUUGAAACUACCUAUAAUUUGACAUAGUCCUGUAAAUUUAUUCAAUUAAGAAACUAAUAAGCGUGUGCAAUCCUAAAAUGUAAUAUACACUUUUAGAACCAAAGGAAAUCUUCGUUAAACACACUUAAAGUUUACGGUUUCUAGCAUUUUCAGCAAAGCAGAAAAAUCUUCAACCAUAAAUUGUAUAGUGUUUAACUUAAACUUCCUUUGUUUAUUAUAAUUUUUUGUAAAAAUUAUAAAAUUAAUGCUUUAUAUUUAUUACAAAUAUAAUUUAAUUACAUUUUAACACACGUCGAGUUUCAGUAAGCUCCUUUAGCAAUUGGAUUACGUCAAAAAAUUUGAGUUCUUCAUUUGCUAGACGUGCUGGCUGGCAAUUGACUCGGAUGUAAACUUGCGUGUAAGCAUGCAAACGCACUGAUACAAUAAAAAAAAUAAUAAUUAAUUAAGCAUAUAUAAUUAGGCAACAUAUUUUUAAAAUUGCUUUGAAAAAUGUGUAUAAUAUUUCUUCAAGCUUCUUAACAAUUUGGGCCCAUAAAAAUUAAUUUAUAAUAUAUAUAUAAAUUUAACACUAAAUGUAUUAGCAAACAAAUAUUUAGUACGUAUAUGUAAAUGAGGUUUUCGAUUUUCAGAAAAUCUUAGAAUUAUGUGUUUUAAAAAAACAAUUAUUCUUCACCAACUAUCGCACACUUCACUCAUAUCUUAACAUCACUCUCAAUUCGUUGCAUACUUUUGUGCAAUUUAAAUACGAAAUUAUAUUUCUGACUUAAAUCAAUUAUAUGCAUUUUGUUGAUUUUAUUUUCAAAGCAUUUUAUCACUUUGUUUAUAUUUCUUUAGCAAACAAAACACUUCCUAAUACUUUCAUAUUCAAUUUAUAUCUUUUCUACUAUACUUUUGUUAAAACAUUUUUAUUUGUAUCUCAAUCUAUAUAAUUCUUUUGUACUGUCGCCUUAAGGGCGACGAUGUUAGCAUACAAUUUAAUUAUAUUUAGUUAAUUCUACAAUUUUAAAUCAAAUCAUUCACACAAAAACAUGCAUUGAAUGUAAAUCAUUAAAAGAUGUAAUAAACACACUGCUCAGCACAUACAUACAACUAUUAUAUAGUUUAUUUUUGUUUGUUUUUUAUGCGUUUUUUCUUAUCUACAUAUAUAUUUUGUAUAUAUACACAGGUCAUACCUGAUUUAUAGUCACAUGUAUGCUAUAAGGUUGCAUUUGUACAUGCUCAAAUGUGUACAAUAACGGAAUAGUUGAGGUGGAUUUAUAAUUGUAUUGUAAUAGAUCUAAUAUUUAAAUGGAUGAAAAAUAAACUAAAAACUACAUGA